AUGUUCGCUGCGCGCCGCGCCGGGCGGGGGGAGGGGGCGGGAGGGGGCGGCGCGGGCGGCGGGACCCGGGGCUCGGCCGGCGCGGGCUCUGCGGGCGCCCCGGGGAGCUCCGUGGCGCGCGGGCUCCCCCGGGGCGGGGUCGUGGCCGGCGCCCCGCGCGCCCCUUUGACCCCGAAACCCCGGGCCCUGGCGGAGCAGAGGGCCUCUGGGGGGCGCCCCGGACAAACUUUGGAAACGGGGCGCGCCCCAGAUGCGCCAGUAAACACCGCCCGAGCCCCCCGACACAACUUGUUUCCCCGAGAACCGCACUUCGCCCUGGACCUGGAGCGCGCCACAGGCCGUCUCAUCCUUUCAAGAACCCCUGACAAGACGUUUUGUCGGAGGCUGGUCCCCGGCAAGUGGCGCCCGAACAGGGACUUGAAAGAGAGAAAACACAGAGAAAAGACCUUGCGGGAACCCACGAGAAAGUGGCUGUCUGCAGACUUGGAAGCGAGGUCUCACCAGAAACCAGCCUGGACUUCAGUCUUCCGACUGCUGCGGGACAGCCCUGCAUCCCCUCCACCCAGAUCCACAGCCAGGGGAUGGGACCGACAGACGCGUACGUCCACACGAUUCUGUAGGGCAAGAAUGCAGAUAGAGCAUGACAGGAAUGGCUUGUCUCUGCUCCAAAACAUCUGAGGUCUCUGCUGGGAAGAGUCAGCGUCUGGGGAUGACUCAGGGGCUGGAGCCGAAGUCACAUAAUGCGAUCACCCACAUACAUGCUGGGGAGUUAAGUCUGGCUGUUGUCUGAGCCACAACUGUGACUUUUCAAGGGAACCUACGCGUCGCCUCUGCAUGGAGGCCUUGGGGUCAGCCUUCUGACCUGGGAGCUCAGCACGCUAAGCUGGUGUCCCUCUUGCCCUUGCCGGAAGUCCUGAAGUGUCACUUCUCUGCCUUCUGUUACUCACCAUCAAGCCACAGGCCUGGCAGCAGAUCUGAUGGGACAGCAGUUAGACCUCUUGAUUGGAGAACAGUAGAAUUCCAAGGAGACAAGCAGGAUGGGAGAUUUUGCUGUGGUUGGUCCUUGGCACAGAGAAUCCACCUUGUCCAAGAUGGGUACAGGCACCCUGUUUACCGCCCAGCGUGGGAGGCAGGCCUGAGUGGAGCCCUCUAGAGGUGGGGUGGAGGCGCAACUCCUCUCCUUGGGCAGUUGCACUUCACCACACUUCUGGUCUCUUCUCCCUGAGCUCCCGGAAACCAACCAGAGCUUUCCUCUGAAGUUCAGACCAGUAUGUAUGUCCACUCGACUGACUCAAUUUCUGAAAAAAUGAAAAUGCUGAUACGGUCAUAGAAUAAUUGUGAGAAUUAUAUGGAUGAUAUUUAUAAUGCACUUAGUAUAAUACUUGAGCAUGUACACAAUUGCUAAGUGUUAGUUAUUUUUAUCUACUUGCACAUCUUAAAGAAACUCAACUUCUUCAAAACUGUCUUUUGACAAGGUUGGUGGUGCAAGGGGUUAAGCACAGCACUGUGUAAGCUGUCCGCAGCCUCUGCAGAAUGAGUUUGAUCCCCGGGCAGCCAGGGAUCUACCCACAUGGCACAGCAGACUUCUCCUGUCUCUCUCACUGCUCAGCACACACCCCUCAGCAGUGUGUUUCAGUGGAUCUGCCUCUUCUGCUCCCUGUUCUGUCUCUGGUGAAUCCUCUCACCCCCUGCACCUCUGGCGUGUACCCCAGUUCUUGUAUGCAUAAAUAAAUCUUUCAAAAAGAUUUAAAAAGCAAAACUGUCUUCACAGGCCCUGCCUUGCCUCCUGUUGUCCAUGCAGGAAACCUAGUAGGCUCCCCAUACCUUAUCGCUGCCUCACUCCCCACAUCCUACCCAACCCCAAGUCUUAACAGAUUGACUUUCUAGAUAUUUCUCUCAUUUGUCCACUCUUCUCCCUCUCUACCCCAACACCUUAGUCUGAACUACAGUCAUCUCUCCUUUGGACUCGCCAUUGCCUCCUCACUGGCCUUCCAAAUUUACUAAGUCCAGUUCCCCCUCCACCCACCCUCAUCUGUUCUUCACACAGCAAGCAGCCAGGAAAUUUUCAAAAUGUAAAGCUGAUGAUGUCACUUCCCUGCUAGAAGCCCCUUACCCGUGUUGCUCUAGAGAAAAGAUAAUUCCUUUAAAAGGCCUCCAACAUUGGGCCUCAUUGUACGUGGUGGGGCAGGAUGGGUCACUGGCAGUUCUGUUGGAGCCAUCAAGAAAAUUCAGCCAGGGUUCUCUUUGCUGUAUCUGCUCAAACCCCCAAGGCCUGAUGAGGAAAUACAGCCUCAAUAUGUGCUGCCAGUGUUCGUGUCAGUAUGUGAAGGACAUAGACUCGUGAAGUUUGACUCAGUGAACUUCCUUGAAUGGGUUAUCCAAGACAGCUGCCUUACAGCAGAAACAAUGCUAGGUCUUUGUACUUAAAAAAAAAAAAAAAAAAAAACCCAACCUUGAAUGAAAAGGUCUACAGAGUCCUCUGGGUCUGGACCUGCCUCCCUCCCUCCUCCUCAACCCCACUCUCCCUCCCUCAUACUCACCUGGCUCCUGCCACAAAGCCUUUGUAUACACUGGCUGUUUCUCCUGCUUGGAAUGCCCUCACCCCACAGCCCCUUACUGCAGAGAACGGCUCAGCGCCCCUUCCCCAGGGGAGCCUGGUCUGCCCCCACUGGAGUGACUCCCCCACCCAAACAUGGCUGGCUCUUGUGGCACCAGGCACAUCCCCUUUAUAGCACUUUCUACACUUGGCAUCUGCAUUAGUUUGGAGAUUAUUUAGCUAAUAUCUCACUCUUUCAAAACCCUGUCGAGGGCAGGGACCACGUCUGGUUUUGUUCACUGUUGUUAUUUGUAUGGGUGGAUGGAUGGACAGACGGACAGAAGGGAGAGGAGGGCACAGGGGUAAGG